AUUUGGAAAAAUUUGCUAAACUUUCUUGUCGUUACGUGAAAAACGCAAAAAACUGCUGUAAAAGUGUGCUGUUUUUGGAUGAAACUUGCUGCAAACGGUAGCCUGAGUGCUGGUGUACCGACAGAAACUAAAAUCCAGCCCGGGCGGGAUGGAUUCAUCCGGAAAAAUUAAAUUUUCAUUCCGAUCCCAUUAGUGGAGAGAGACAGACAGCCAGGCGACCAUCAGUUGAGAAAGAAAAUCGAGAAAAAAAGUUUCCCAUAUAUCACCAAUAUCAGCAGCAACAGUAUAGCGUAAAAAGUGGACGAGUAACUGGAAAACUGCAAGUGGAGAGAUAAAAAAAUCCAACGAAGAAGAAGGCUGGCACAACAAAGUAGCGUUGAACCGUCGGGCGAAGCUACUGGUCCUUUGUUUGCACUGAUAUCGUGGGCGGUACCCCGACUUGGAGUUUCGGUAGCAGAAGCAUCGACGAUGAGUUUUGGAGGAGCACCGGGCAAUGUGGAUCUGUUUUUUCGAGCACUCCCCUAUUUGGAUAAAAAAUGGAUCAAAGCGGACCUGAAUUCCGCCCUCCGGUGUACCGAGGAUUUGGCUAAUCUGUGGAACCAUCUGGUGCAGGAUGAUGAAGUGGUCACUUGUAAGCUGCAAACGUCAGUCAACGCCUCUGGAGAUGUAGCCUACCCACGGGCAGAUGGUAAAUUUUAUUGCGGAGUGCAAUCUUUGAGUUGUGCCUGCUGUAAGGGUGUCUGCAGUGCCACUUCCAGCUGUAGCUGCAGUGCAUGUCAGCUGCUGGAGGUUGAAGAAGGUUCUACAAAAAAACCUACAUCGUCUACUGCUCAGCAGCAGCAGCAGCAGCAUCAUUUGCCGUCUCAACAACUCGGGAGCCAGCAGAAUCACCAGAAUCAAGGAAACCACAUCGGGAAUUGUUCUGGGACCAUACUAGAUUCGUGGCUUUGGAGUCCAAUUCCAAGUGUUGAAGAAAAGCGAACAUGUAGCUGUAAACUGAUUGCCGAACAAAGGGAAAUCUGUUUACAAGCAGCGGCCAAUUGUUUGUCCGCGACGCGUACCAAACAACUACUGUACGUUUACCAGCGGUACUUCAUAGCGUUGCAACGGUGCAAAUCGGAUGACAAGCCCGCAAGUAGUGUCGGGGGUGGUGCAACCGUCACGGAUGAUUGCCGUUCUGGAAUCAGCCAGCAGGACCCGAUGGUGGUUAGCGAAAUUGAUCCGACAAAACUAAGCAAAAAUCCCAGUUUCGAUCGGACACCCAUGAGAGACUGCGACAAAGCUACGUUUGGUUUGGCCCGUGUCGGGACACGAGCCGCCCUCAAUUUCUCAUUCGCAUUCCUUCGUCGAGCAUGGCGCUCCGGAGAAGACGUCGAGUUGUGCUCCGAGCUGCUCCUGGAAGCGCUGGAAGCUUUGCAAACUCUACCGGAAGCAUCCCUAUUCGAUACAUCCCACAUGUCUUCGUUGUGGAUUGAAGUGGUUGAAAAAUCCAUCAAAUUUUUGCGACAAGUUGUGCUCGGUGACGUGAUGGGUGGACGAUGCUCGGUUCCCAAGGCUGACCGUUACAUAGCGCUGAACUUGCUACUGGAAUUGGGAGCUCAAAAAGGUACCCUCGGUGGUUCGCUAGAAGGAAUCUCUCUGUUGCUUACCCUGCACGAGAAGGAUCAAGAAAGCGAUGACAAUCGAAGUCCACCGCAGAAUUUGGGAGCUCCAUUGGUAUCGAUUUUGAAAAGAUACGAGCAAAUCGAUAGCUUUUCCACGUACAGUGUCACCGACUCAUUCUACUUUGGACCGACCGAAUCGUUUUUACGCUUUCUCACUCUACCGGAAAAUGAAACAACCAAUAUCGAUCUCAAACAGGCGGCCGUCAUUAUCGUGAGCCAUCUGGACCGGUUAGCAAAACCCCAUCUUCCGGCUGGAAACUAUUCUACCAAAGUCACCAAAUCUAGCAACACACAAAAAAUUUUCACACUCGGUUGGAGUUCCUGUUCACCAGAAAUGUACGGAUUCACAUCGGAGACAGGAAACGGCACUUCUCAAUUACUAGGGUCCGUACCGCGCUAUUCCACCGCCACAAUAGAACUUCCAGUUACACUUCAGGUACGACAAAUUGUCUGCACGGAAAACAACAUUUACAUAUUGACCACCAGUGGGCAGGUUUUUACAUUGCACUCGAACUGUUCCGAGAACAUAGCCCCAAAAGCUUUCGAAGGAUUAGAUGGCGUCAAUGUUAUCCAGAUUGCUGCACAUUGUGAAGGACGUCAUGUGCUAGCAUUGAGCUCCGCUAAUGAAGUUUGGUCUUGGGGAGCAGGAGAGGGAGGUCGUUUGGGACAUGGCGAUUCGUCGUCAAAAGAUGUUCCCACAAAGAUUGUAGCGUUGUUCGAGAAGCAAGUGUGCGGUAUUUUCUGCGGAGCUUCAUACAGUGCAGCAAUUACCAGCUCAGGAGAGCUGUUCACUUGGGGACGCGGAACAUAUGGUCGUCUGGGGCAUGGUAAUUCCGAUGACAAAUUCAUCCCAACUCAAGUUCAAGCAUUGAAAUCCUAUAGAAUUGUUGAUGUGGCACUGGGUAGUGGAGAUGCACAUUCUAUGUGUGUCAGUGAUACGGGAUUACUAUUCGCUUGGGGUGAUGGAGAUUUUGGAAAGCUAGGCAACGGAUCGUGUAACGGAUCGCCUAUACCAGUGCAGAUCGAAACGCUCUCGAAUGUAGCAAGAAUUUAUUCCGGAUCUCAGUUUAGUGUAGCCCUAACUCUGGACGGAACAUUAUACACGUGGGGCAAAGGUCAUGGAGGACGUCUCGGUCUGGAAAAUUCAGAACAUUCCAACGCUCCCAAGCUAGUUGCCGCUCUAGAAGGGAAAAAGAUAGUAGAUGUGGCAGUAGGAUCAGCUCAUUGUUUGGCCCUUACCAGCAAUGGUGAGUUAUAUGGAUGGGGGAGAAAUGAUUACCAACAAAUUUGUCCAGUUGCUGUAUCGCGUGAUCCAAUCAUCCAAAGCCCAAUUCUAACUACUCCACCGACUCUUCGAAUCUCUGGUAUGACGUGUGGCGCAGCGCAGAGCAUCGUUUGGUGUCACUCGUCAACGCUUGGAGUAGCCUCUAAAAUUCCAUUUGUAGUUGAUCUCAGCGAGCAUACAUUCCGAAUGUUGGAUCAAUUGUUGUGUAUGGUUUGUAGCAGUACUCAGACUGGGCCAGGAGACAUCCGACAUCCUCCAAGUCAGGAAGCGGAAUGCAUUGCGGUGGCAUCGUUGAAUUUACUUAGACUCCAAUUACAUGCAAUGAUAGUGAAUAAUGUAUCCGCCAGGCAAGUUGGUUUGGUGGAAGGAUCACGACUGUUGGCUAGCUUAAAAUCAAGAAUUCUCGGGUUGGCCGGUGGCCCAGUGGUGCUUAAAACUAUGCAAGAAGCAGCUCAAUGGACACUUCAAGUUGGGUGGUCCAUACUUCUUCCAACCGCAUCUGAACGAGCACAAACUCUAACAUCUUUGCUUCCAGCUGGUCAUGAUACUACAACGGCUAGUAACAGUUCAGGGCAUCGUUUCAUGACUGAUCUCCUUGUUGGUUCACUUAUGGCUGAGGGCGGUCUCCAAACUGCCUUAAACCAAGCAAUCAACGCUCAGCGUUCGCAAGAUUGCACAUCGACUGGAACACAUCUUUCUUUGUUACACCUUCUCAAGCAGCUCCUUCGUAACAACUCAAGCCUUACCCAGGCACGACUUGGCCAGCUUAUGCUAGGGCCUUAUCUUAAGACUGAAGAAGGAUUUUCUUCACCAGAACCGCCUUCGCCUAGUCUCGAUCUUUUGCACAAAUUCCAACGUUUACUCCUAUCUUACAUUCACCAGUCGAAAACGGAUGAUCUCAGUGGUGCGGAAGCCCUUCUUGAUACCUACCUUCAGCAGGUUAUUGGAGCGUGUGUAACUACGCUGAACAAGGCCCAUGAAACGAUCCUUCAAGGGAAGGAUGGUGUUGCUGAAAUUUUGAAAAAUGACAUUUCCGAUGCACUGCUUUACGAGCUACUCAUUGGGCUGGUAUUGAUCCAAAAGAAAAAAUCGUUAUUUUUAGCUUCGUUUGACUGGAUUAAGCAUUUCAUUCCGUUGUUGCAUGCUCUUGACAACUUUAAUCGUCUUACGCACGAAGGUGAGGUUCAUGAUUCCGAUGACAUGGGUUGGCCGGGAAUUAUCUGUAGAGGAACAGCCAAAUCGGUUCCGGUCCAAGAAGAAACUCUACUAAUUCGACAAGCAGACAUAGACAAUCACUGUGCGGACGGUGGAAAUUGGGUCAUCAUCAACGGAAAUGUGUACGACGUAAAAGAUUACGUACCGGAGAAUCCAGCGACAGAAGAAAUCCUUUCAAAAAACAUCGGCAACGAUAUUUCCUUAGAAAUCAGUAAUCCUCAACAUAGGACAGCUUUCGAAUUUAUAACGUCCUUUCUUCGUGUGGGACGUUUUGCCGUUAACGAAAUCUGCGACAAGGAAACACCACGACAAAUGACAACCCUGACGCACUUUCAUUCGGAAUGUAUGUUGGCCUAUUUGCUAGGACUGCGCAGCAAUAUUCUUCAAACAGGGUCCCUUUUGCAACCGGCUGAGAUUCAGUGCAAAAACCUUCUCAAAUCGUCCAUCCUAAGUGGUGGUCUGCAGGUACUUCAACCAAGUAACCCAUUCGACGAGGAAAAAGGUGAAGCCAGAAGCAGUGGUUCUACGGCUGGUAGCACUCCGACAGAUGCAUCCAGUCAGGUUCCGCUAGCCGAUGUACCGCAAAUGGCCAACUGGCCGUCAGUAUUAAUCUCACAUCGUGUUGAAAAUAUGCUGGCAAAUUUGGGCGAAGGAAAGCUGACUGAUCCAUUGGUGUCCUCGUGGAUCACCAUCUGCGAGAGAUAUUGCAAAGAAAAUCAUCUUAUCUGGCACCAAGAGUUUCCCCCGGAACAUCCGGUCAUGGAGCUUGAACGUUUGUUGAUGGCGGUUCUCAUUCGCCAUCAGAGUUUAGGACCACUAGCUUUGGCCGUUGUAGAUCGCGAAUUAAGCGGUAACUGCUCGAAGCCUCCCCAGCCUGUCAUCAAUAUCAUAAAAAUGGUACAUCAAACAAAGUGGGGAAUUGUUAAAAUGCGUCAGCAGCUGAACCGCUCCUAUAAAGAAGUGUGUGCACCCAUGAUCGAUAAGUGUCGUUUUUUGUUGUACGAAAUUCGGCCAGCCGUCAGUUUAGAGCAGCAUGGAUUGGAUAAUUUGCAUAUUCUUCACAAGCUGCCACGCUUCAAAGCCUUAGUUCAUAAGAUCAUUGUGGAAGUGCGCCAAGCAAAGAAACAGUUGGCUUGUGCUAAACCAGAGGACAUUCUAAAUGUAACCAUACAAAGUCAACUGACGUCUUCGGUGACCAAAAUUCAAUCGCAAGAAAAUCUGAGCAGCACCAAGAAUCUGUCGACAGAAAAUCUUCUAGUCAAUGAAAGUUUGAUUAAGGUGGAAAGUUUGGAAAGCUUAACGACCACGACCGGACGGGAUCGAUCAGCGUCACCGGUUGUCCUGUUGGCCGUUCAAAAACACGCUGCGUCGGAUGAGAAUUUGCUUAGUGUCAACACUACUCCUGCCGAAAAUGGUGGUGGUGAUGCUGCUAAUAAGAAAAUUCCUAUCACCAGUGAUGAAGUGAAGACACCCACCAACGAAUUAAUCGAUUACAACAAUCAAAACGCUAAGAUGAAGAAUCCUGACGGUGGAGAUGAAUUUAUCAACAAUGUAAUCGCGAGUUUGAGCGAAAAAUGCUUGAUUGAGUCAUAUCCGACGGAUUUGAAAAAUGGAAUCAGUCAGCAAAUUGUGGAUUUCAUUCUCUACGAUCUGUGCGAUGUGGAUACCUUACGGCGUGCAAUGUACUGUCAAAUUCAGCGGUACCAGAUCCGAAAACAAGGCUUGGAUAUGUUGCAUGAAUUGUUGAAGAUAUCCGGAUUAUUUGAUGCUGCCCAGUACAGUUUAUUUAAUGGGUAUUUGGGUUUGCAUGUUCCAAAAGGCGAUACCCCAAAUUCUGAGCAUAUUUUGGAGAAUCUCAACAUGAUAACCGCUUUCCAGAAGGCAGACAUUUUGAUUGCGCAAGCACGAAUCAUAGAAUGGGCCGUCGCCGAGCUGCAAAAGUACGUUAAUCAAGAUAAAAUCAAUGGAAGACACCGCAAUCAUGGAGAAAAGGAUAAUUCGAAUCUAGGAACAUAUGUUUUUCUUAAGAAGCUUCCACGAGCUCGAUUCCUUUUGAGUAUUUUCGGUAUCCUUUCGCGAAGCUACGAAGCGAACGAACUUAGCUUGUUGAUUAAUUCGGGAAUCCUUGGCAGCAUAAUGGGACUUUUGCGGCAGACCGGAGCCGAUUUACCUAGCAAUAAAAACAAUACUGAUAUUUCCGUUAUUUAUGAGGACGUAGUAACAAAUUUGAAAUCAUCCAAAGAGGGCCUUCCUGGUCCGGAAUUGGCAAAGCUGAUGAAAAUUGGAACACGAGUGACUCGAGGUGCUGACUGGAAGUGGGGUGAACAGGAUGGUCCAGGGGGAGAGGGACGAAUCAUUAGUGAAAUUGGGGAAGAUGGAUGGGUACGUGUAGAAUGGGAUAACGGUUCAACAAACUCUUACCGUAUGGGUAAGGAGGGUCAAUACGACCUCCGGUUAGCGGACAGUGCUUUGAAGGCUUUAUCUCCCGAUAAGGACAGUGAAAAAGAAGAUUUCAUUGACCAUUAUUUGUACAGUGAAACUCAUCCUACGAAGCUUUUACGCAAUGUUUGCAUCAAAACGCUACAGAUGAUGUUCACCUCUGUUGGAAUUCACGCCGAUCGGAUGCAGGAAAACUCUCUACGAAACGUAGCUUCUAUGUUCCGGUCGAUCCUGACAAACCGAUUGAACUACUACAAUUUUGGUCUGGAGCACUGGACUACCGUUGGAUUUUUGCGAUCGAUUUCUUCGUCGAAAGCGCUUUCCAAACAUUUAACGUCACCCUUAUGGAUAAAUCUGUCUUUUGAGAUUCUCAAUUUUCCCAUCACAUGUAAGAAGGAUGUUUACAAAAAGUUGCAUAUCCUGCGUUUGCUUCAAUCAACCUUAAUCCAUUGGACUAACGAGGAUAUCGAUCGCAUCGAUGAUAUCAUCAUCAAACUUUUUGAUGCGCUGGGAACAAUAGCUUUACUAUGCCCGAACGAUUUGUCGCUACUGAACAAUUCAGUUGAUAUCAAGUCGCGUGUGCUGUACAGUGCUUCCCAUACCGGAACAAUAGCAGAAGAAAUUAUCGUUUUGAUAAGAAAACUUCACACACUGCCACUGUGGAAUGAGAACAUCAACUCUUUUAUUGCCCAGAAACUUUGCCUUCUGGCGGAUGUCUUUCUAGUCAGUGAUCUGGAGAUCAAUUUUGAGGGGGAGAAAUCAGCAAUUGUUGGAACAUUAUGUACUAUCGGAGGAUGUGAUUCAAGGCCCCGACUUGGAUUGAAUUUGACGCUAGACGGCGUAAGAGGAACAAUUUCAAGAAUGACCAAAAAAGGAAAAGUAGUUAUGAAUGUACACUCUACGACUGAUACAAAGAAGAUACCGAUCUUUAAGGUUUCCGAAUAUGCGGAUGUAGGAGCUUUCAGCCUGUCUAAACUUUCAAUCAACGAAAUGUUGCUGAAUUCUUGGGCGGUUUUAUUCUACGGAAUUGGCCAAACCCCAAUGAAUAUUGCCAAUAGUAUAAACAGUCAGCUUUUGCAAACACAACAAAUUAAUUUUUCAAGUCUCAAGGCAACAAAGGUACUUUUUCGUCAUCAGAAUCUACUUAGGAAAAUCCUUCGCCAGCGAUCACCUGGAAUUACAAGAAGUUCUUCCAAGGAAAGUGUUUCUGAACGUGACUGUAGUCCUGAGGACGGUAAACCACGGAGUGAAUCGAACACUUCCGAAGAGUCUCAUACUUAUACGGAGCUACUAAUACAAACGAUUCUACUUCGUGCAACUCAACCUAGUCCGUUGAAAGCUUGCUAUUCCUUCCAGGAAAUGGAACUAGCUGCCCUUAACAUUUCGCAAAUGUUAGCUAGUUAUGUUCAUAACGAAUUGAACGCACCAUCGAACUCAAACAAGCGAUCUGCUCCUUUUAGUCAACCUACAAUGAUACACGGUGUUCCGAUUUAUAAUAACGAAUCUGUGCUGGAGGAAGCUCAAACACCAUCAGGUGCGGAAAUCGCUAGUUUGUCGACCGGUAUCAUCCGAGGCUUUCCGAAACGUAGUCCACCAAGUCCGCUUGUGGCACAAAUCAUGGAGAUGGGCUUCACGCGCAAAUCUGUAGAAACAGCAAUCAAGAGUCUUAUGUUACAUACCAGUGUGAAACCUACAGCUGAGCAAGUGGUGCAGUGGAUUCUGGAGCAUCCAGAUGUGACAGCCAAUUUGGGAGGCAAAAGUGAGGAUAACGAUGCCCACAGCGAUACUGAAAGUGUCAGCUCGGACACCAUGGAAGGCGGGUCAUCGAUACAAGAUUCACAGCACGUGGUUUACAAAAUGCGAGAGGAUUUCAAAUCGGCUGAUCAGUACGCGAUGUACGUGAGGGGUUUAAUUUGUCCAGGAAUGUUAGUUCGAUGCUGUCAAGAUUUCGAAGAAAUAAGAAAAGGAGAUAUCGGAACGGUUCUAAAAGUGGAACCCGAAGGGCUUCAUGAUUUGAAUGUACGUGUAGAUUGGCAGAUGCAUGAUCGACCGUAUUGGAUGUGUUUUAUUCAUUUGGAACUGUUGGAGGCGCCCGCUUCUGAAAAUAGUUCAACAAUCAGCGUUGGAUCACAGGUACGGAUUAGGAACUACCAACAUUUCCGUUAUCGAUUGAACACCAUACCUAGAGGCAGUGUAGGAACGGUUACGUCCCUGAAUGGUACUGAGGUCACAGUUGAAUUUCCCCAGCAAACAAUCUGGAAUGGUCACCUUAAUGAACUCGAACUGAUAUCGAAUUCCCUGAAUUCUUUUGGAGUAGGUCAGAGCGGUGCUUUCGAUAUUAUAGAUGAUUGGUCAAGAUGCAUCCGGUCGCUUUCGGUAUCUUCGAACGAAUCCUCAGCGAAAUAUCUUCUCGAUAGGAGUACCAACUAUUGGCAAAGUUCCUCCACCCAGGGGAAGCACUGGAUAAGGCUAGAACUACACGAUCAGGUUUUCAUCCAAACGCUUUCUAUGAAUGUUGAUCCUGAUGAUUAUUCGCAUAUGCCUUCGCUUGUCGUAAUCCGGGGAGGAGAUUCCGUUGCCGCCCUGAAAGAGCUUCACUGGGUAUCCAUCAACUCUACCGACACGGUGGCUUCCUUGCUGAACGACUGCAAACAGUAUUACGCGUGGAUUGAAAUCAUCAUUAAGCAAUGCCGUAACAACGGAAUCCAGUGUAAAGUGCAUGGAAUUAAUAUUAUAGGCAAGCGAAAGCAAACAGAUCUAGAAAUGAUGCUGCAGAAUGCAUCUUUCUUGGCCACAGAAAAUGAAGCAGCAGCAGAACCGACAUUUUCCACAACGUCCAACUAUUCGGACGUGGAAUCGACGAAUGAAGUUAGUUCCAAAGUGCUAGUUUGGGGAUUAAACGACAAAGAACAGCUCGGAGGUCUCAAGGGAUCGAAGGUGAAGCUUCCGACUUAUUCUUCUGUUUUGAGUCAACUGAAACCGAUACAUAUUGCCGGUGGUUCCAAGUCACUGUUCAUCGUUUCUCAGGAUGGAAAAUUGUAUGCCUGUGGUGAAGGAACAAACGGAAGACUUGGUCUUGGGCAUAACAAUAACGUUCCAACACCACGACCGGUGCCCAUCUUGAACCAGUACGUGGUAAAAAAAGUUGCCGUUCAUUCCGGUGGGAAGCACGCGAUGGCAUUAACUUUAGAUGGCAAGGUAUUCUCAUGGGGCGAAGGAGAAGACGGAAAGUUAGGACACGGCAAUCGAUUGACCCUUGAAAAACCCAAAUUAAUCGAAAGCUUACGAACAAAAAGGGUGCGCGAUAUUGCAUGUGGCUCAAGUCAUAGUGCUGCCAUCACUAGUUCAGGGGAGCUGUAUACCUGGGGCCUGGGAGAAUAUGGACGUUUAGGACAUGGAGAUAACUGUACUCAGCUAAAACCAAAAAUGGUAACAGUUCUGCAAGGACAUCGGGUAGUGCAAGUUGCUUGCGGUAGUCGGGAUGCACAAACCCUGUGUUUGACGGAAGAAGGUUUGGUGUUUUCUUGGGGCGACGGAGAUUUUGGAAAGCUAGGACGAGGUGGCUCGGAAGGAUGCUCGGUACCUCAUCAAGUCGAUAGAUUGAAUGGAGUUGGAGUGGUACAAAUUGAAUGUGGCGCUCAGUUUAGCUUAGCCUUGACCAAGUCCGGUGAGGUAUGGACCUGGGGUAAAGGUGACUAUUAUCGCUUAGGUCAUGGAACUGAUCAGCACGUCCGAAAACCUACCCCAAUUCAAGGACUACGCGGUAAAAAGGUCAUCCAUGUAGCAGUGGGUGCAUUGCACUGUCUAGCGGUUACCGAUAGCGGUCAGGUUUUUGCCUGGGGUGAUAACGACCAUGGACAGCAGGGAUCCGGUAACACAGUGGUCAACAAGAAACCGAAUUUAGUGCUUGGGUUAGAUGGUGUAUUCGUAAAUCGUGUAGCCUGUGGAAGUUCACAUUCUGUCGCGUGGAGUUUGCCUCAAAAUCCAUCUGAAAAAGAUAAAAAAGAACCUGUACCGUUCGCCGUAAGCAAGGACCCACUUGGAAGUCACAGUCUCGGUAUUUAUGCUUCGGAUACGGAACCGACAACAUCCCAACCACAAACGGGUGCCGCAACCAACAAACAACAAAGACCAUCACUUUCAGAGAGUGUGCUAUCGCUUGAAACGUACGGCGCUCGACAAGCUGCACUAUCGCACAUUUUGAACGCAAUGAGUAUUUUGCAGGCGCGAUCUUGUAUUAUAUCCGCACUAACGUGUCAUUCCCAAUUCAAUGUCCAAGACCGCACCGCAUUCAGCGAUACCAGGCCAAUCACCCCGGUUACAGAACUGGACGAAGUCAAAACGGUUACGGAUAAUGUGAAUCCUCACAACGAAGUCAUUGCUCAUGGCGGAGGUGAAGGUCCGGCGGAUGUUACAGGUCUGACGACAAAUGACAUCAAUGAGUGUGAUAUUCCAAUUAUAUCCGGCAUGAACAACACUUUAAAUGCCUAUCGCAGCUUAACUGGUUCGCUCUCGCUAUCUGCUUCUAUUUCCAGCUGUAAUGCGACACAGCGCCAUUCCAAAAUGUCUGCCAGUGCGAUGUCGGUGAUGGCAGCAACAAUGACUCAUCACGAUGAGAUAAUGCACGAAGCUCCUCUUGCCAAUAACUUAGAUGAUUUCACCACACUGCUUGGUGAAGCAGAAGCAAAACAUCUGAUUGAGUUGUUGAAACUAAGCGUUUCCGGUCGUACCGGAGCGCCGAAUGCAUCGGAAACAAUUGCCAGUACUCUGAUUGCUCUAGCAAAGGGUAGCUACAACAUUGCCAACAUGCUAAUUGAAACGUGCAUUACCGAACUGGAAGAUUUGUGUACGUCUCGUCACUCGUUGGGCCGGUUACCGAAACCUGUAGUCCAGGAAACUAGCCAUCCCUACAUCGAUGAUAUAACACUCGUUGGACAUGUUAAAAUACCAGGUGCAGAGGCUCUUCGUAUCGAGUUUGAUAGCCAAUGUUCCACAGAACGACGCAACGAUCCACUUAUCAUAAUUGACGGUUCGGGUCGUGUGGUAGCCACUCGUUCUGGAAGAGAAUGGGCACAAUGGGCACCGGAAAUUCGAAUCGCCGGUGAUGAAAUGCGUUGGAAAUUUACAAGUGAUAACUCUGUGAACGGUUGGGGUUGGCGUUUCUACGUCCAUGCCAUUAUGCCCGAGUCUUACCUGCAGGAACUUGGAUCGGAUCGAACGGUUCUGUCGCAACCAUCGAUUGCUAUGGUUAUGGCGCUGCUGGAUUCCACUUUGAUGCCUCUAAGUACCAAUGCUUUGAUACGGCUUACGGCUGCUUUGUCUCAGUGUGCACAACUUAGCUCGCUCACGGUUGCUCAGAGAAUUUGGUCAUUGAAAAAAAUGCACCAAUAUCUAAAUGCUAAGGAUGCUCCUCGUUGUACAGAACCAUCGGUAAUCGAAAUAUUGAGUCCAUUGAUCCCGAUUAUCCUACGUCAGUACGAAUACGAAGAACCGCAGGUGAGAAGUGGCUUGCAUCUGAUGCAUUCAGAAUAUUUCAAGACCUUAGUGGCGUUAGCCUGUGACAUGCAACUAGAUUCACUCUUAACGCAAGGUGAUGCUCAUAAAUGGGCUUGGUUUCGUCGUUAUUGCUCAGCUGUUCGAGUAGCUCAAUCUUUGAUUCGAAGAGCUACGCUUCCAGCUACAUUCACCAUAGAGGUGCGAAAGAAACUCCAAGAGAUUGCAUCCCCCGGUGCAAAUUCAGCCUUGCCGUCAUCUGCUGUCAUCAGUAGUCUGGCCAAUAGCAACUGUUCUCUGCUUCAGCAAACGUCUAGUUCUUCUAGUCUCAGUCAACAACAGCAUGGAUUUGAAUUGGCCAAUUCAAGCACAACAUCGAGUGGUGAAAUCGAAUCGAUCGAUACCUCAAAGUAUCAACACGAGGAUCAUAAUUAUUUUACUCCUCAGUACGACUCACAGCUGUUGCAAUGGUUUAACCGACGGCCGGAGGAUUGGGCCUUCUCAUGGGGAGGCGCGAGUACCAUUUUUGGUUGGGGUCACAAUCAUCGUGGACAAUUGGGUGGUUUAGAUGGCAGCAGGAUUAAAAUACCGACUCCUUGCGAGGCACUUAGCUUGUUGAGACCGAUACAGAUAGCUGGUGGCGAACAGACUUUGUAUGCAGUCACUCCGGACGGCAAGUUGUUUGCAACGGGUUACGGAGCAGGAGGAAGACUUGGCAUUGGUGGAACUGAUUCUGUUUCAACGCCAACCUUGGUAGAAUCUCUGCAGCAUGUCAUAGUGAAAAAAGUAGCUGUUAAUUCAGGCGGUAAACACUGUUUGGCCCUAUCAUCCGACGGAGAAGUUUUUUCGUGGGGCGAAGGGGAAGAUGGCAAGUUGGGGCAUGGCAAUCGAGACAGUUACGAUCGGCCCAAAUUGAUUGAAGCCUUAUCUGGAAUCGGUGUGGUUGAUAUCGCAUGUGGUAGUGCUCAUUCUGCAUGUAUUACGUCUCAGGGUCAUGUACUCACUUGGGGCAAAGGCAGAUAUGGGAGGUUAGGCCACGGGGAUUCGGAGGAUCAAUUGCAACCGAAACUAGUGGAAGCUUUGCUGGGGUAUCGAGCAAUUGAUAUUGCGUGUGGAUCUGGAGAUGCCCAAACAUUGUGCAUAACGGAUGAUGACAAUGUGUGGAGUUGGGGCGAUGGCGAUUAUGGAAAACUUGGAAGAGGAGGAUCGGAUGGCUGUAAGAUUCCUAUGAAAAUUGAGAGCUUAGCAGGGUUGGGAGUAGUUAAAGUUGAAUGUGGAUCGCAGUUUUCGGUUGCGUUGACACGCUCUGGAAGCGUGUACACUUGGGGUAAAGGAGAUUACCAUCGGCUGGGUCAUGGUAACACAGAUCACGUUCGACGUCCAAAGAAAGUAGCGGCUUUACAGGGUAAAAAGAUAAUUUCAAUCGCAACCGGAUCUCUCCACUGCGUUGCUUGUAGCGAUACCGGGGAAGUUUUCACCUGGGGAGAUAACGAUGAAGGACAACUUGGAGAUGGUACCGUGUCUGCUAUUCAAAGGCCACGAUUGGUUCAAUCAUUACAAGGCAAACACAUUGUAAAAGUGAUAUGCGGUUCCGCCCAUACACUAGCACUUUCGACAUAUCAACUCAGCGAAGCCGUCCGGCCACCGCCAUCACCGCCUUUGGAAUACGACUUAGUGCGGGAUAUCCCUCCGGAAGUCCUUCACGCACGUCUAGUGCUGCUGCAUUAUUUCUCCGAACUGAUUUGCCCCUGUUUGGCAAUGUUGUCCAUUUCCGGGGAACUCUCACUCGGUGCUUUAAAUGAUAUUCUGGUUUACUCUAUCAAGGAAGCUGGUUUCGGAAAAGUUAUUCAAACAACGAUGGUUCGAGAUAAACCGCAUGGUCCGGUCAUUGAGUUGAAUCGAAUUCAGGUGAAGCGGUCCCGAAUGCGUUCGGGUAACGGAUUGGCCGGAGUCGACGGUAUGAAAAGCGUCUUCGGACAGAUGGUUCAAAAGCUACCACUUUUAACACAGGAAGCCCUCUCGAUGCCCCAUCGUGUUUGGAAGGUGAAGUUUGUUGGCGAAAGUGUAGACGAUUGUGGAGGCGGUUUCAGUGAAUCAAUUGCGGAGAUGUGUGACGAACUACAAAACGGCAGCAUUCCGCUGCUGAUUCAAACGCCCAACGGUCGCGGGGAAGCUGGAGCCAACCGGGAUUGUUUCCUACUAGAUCCUACGCUCAAUUCUGUGCUUCACAUGAACAUGUUCCGUUUUUUGGGCGUUUUGAUGGGCAUAGCCGUAAGAACGGGAUCACCACUCAGUUUGAACUUGGCAGAACCGGUUUGGAGGCAGCUAUGUGGAGAAGUGCUGAGACCGUCCGAUAUAACCGAGGUGGACCGGGAUUAUAUUACCGGUUUGCUGUACAUUCGUGACAUAGAAGACGAUCCCAAGGUGUUUGCUUCCAUGGAGUUGCCUUUCUCGACACCAUCGGCCAAGGGACACGAAGUACCACUUUCAACGAGGUACAAUAAGAUUACACCGGACAAUCGGAAUGAGUACGUCAAACUGGCCCUCAAUUAUCGGAUUCACGAGUUCGACGAACAGGUCAAGGCCGUUCGCGAUGGAAUGUCCAAGGUUAUACCGGUACCGCUGCUGUCGUUGUUCUCGGCUGCGGAGCUCCAGGCAAUGGUCUGUGGCUCACCGGAUAUACCUCUGUGUUUGCUGAAAACGGUUGCUACUUACAAGGGUGUUGAAUCGACGGCCUCCCUCGUGCAGUGGUUCUGGGAGGUGAUGGAAGAAUUUACCAACCAAGAGCGGUCCCUGUUUUUGCGGUUCGUUUGGGGUCGAACCCGGCUGCCACGUACCAUUGCUGAUUUUCGAGGACGCGAUUUUGUGCUACAGGUGCUGGACAAGUACAAUCCAGCAGAUCAUUUCCUCCCGGAGAGCUACACCUGUUUCUUCCUUCUGAAGAUGCCCCGGUACUCGUGCAAGGCUGUGCUCCAGGAGAAGCUUAAAUAUGCCAUCUAUUUCUGCAAGAGUAUCGAUACUGACGAGUAUGCCCGGGUUGCCAUGGGUGAUCCAACGGAGGCCACCGGCAGCGAAGAUAAUAGCGAUAUCGAAUCGAUUGCUUAAUCUAAUGAAGCCACUAUAUCUACAUACCUACUCUUAGAUUAAUUAUGUGUGCCUCUGCGCGUUGAUAACGACUGAUCGAUUUUACUAUCAAUCCCUUCGUACCAAAAACAAACGACAGAACUAGAGCAACAGCUGUGGCUUUAUCGUAGUCAUUUUUGCAUGCAAAAUGUGCGAAUGUUCUCAUGUAAAAGGUCAAGGAUUUAAAUGGAUAAUUUUUGAAGGAUUGUCUAUUACAUGUUUGUUGGAGUUGGAACUUUUUGAAUGGCAGACACAAUUUAACUUAUAUUGCUUUAAAUGGAUUUGUAACUAUUGACUGUGGGCCAACCGUAAGGGGCGAAGACUUUUGAAUGAAUUAUAUUUUACAUGAAUUAAACAAACAGACAAAACGCUGCAAUCUGCAAAAACCUAACUUAGUAGGGUGCAUUUGUUGUAUCAAGUGACAACAACCUCUCAUAAUACAUAGGCGCAUUUCAUGAGCUAUGAACUGAAUAUUUAUACCGUAAAGCAAAGCACUACGUCCUGAAUUUCGUACUAUUUUUCUUUGAUUAUGUUUCGUUAUAUUUUUCAUCGUAUCGUAUAAUAUGAAUGCACUUUUGAUAAGAGAAUCAAAAUGAAAAGUAGAACAAAUCGAUCGUUCAUUCCUUCACAUAAGCUUUAAUAUAUUAUGAUUGACUGAAACGUUGAUUCAAAAAUCGAAAUCAAGCGAUGAUUGAAUCUAUUGAAUAGUUCCUUUUUUCAAUAAAUGUUUAUUUCAUCGAGUUCCACUUUUCAUCUCUGCAGUAGCAGGUAUAUAGACAACUAGGCUUUUUUAUUUUCUUUCGCAAGCAGCUUCGAGUUUUGAAACUAAAUAAUAAUAAUAGAAAUAAAGAGUUGAGAGUAGCUUAGAAGAAAAUGUCAUUUCUUAGAAAAAAACAAAAAAAAAACUAAUCAUGAAAUUGUUGAAAAAACUCACAUUAGAGACUGCACCGGUGCAGCAACAUUGUCCUAGUGAAACAAGAAAGCUAUUAGCUCAUCCAACAUAAAACGGCGGCAAUAAAAUUAUUUUUUUGGUCCGGGAAUUCGCAGUCAGUCAUUCGAUUUACAAAAAUAACAGCUUCGCGCUUUUCUUAAGUAAAGAUUUUCGAACUCCUGAGUUUAGUUAACUUAAACAUUUGCCCUUAUUCUGCGCCGCGCGUGAGGUGACGAUAGUCGAAUCAUCUUACUGUCAGGGGACUCUAGUCACCUAGCUUAUUCCGAUAGUCGGCGGAUAGAUGCUCGUUCCCAAAGCUUAUCCGAAGUGACGUUCUUUAUUUAAAGCGACUUCUGGAACCGAGUGACUCGACUAUUGCCACCUAAUCGUGGCGUAGAAUAAGGGUCAUUAAAACACUGCUGCUAAUCAGCUUAGAUACGUUUGUCAGUUUGGCGUUAUGAUUUGAAUGCGCAUUGUUCAAGACACAGACAUAGAAUUUCAUCCGCGUUGGUCUCAACAAAUCGGAACACCGUCAUAUUCUAUUUAUUAUCUACAUACUUCAUAUAAGGUACUAUAUUUCAAAACUGAAAUCUUUCCUAUAUUCAACCGGUGAUACGUCUUGAGUCGCAUUAGUUCGGUGCUGCAAUGCAAUGCAUUAUUCAUCGGUGUAUUCAGUUCCCCUUGGUUUUUCUCCUUGGACACCUCUCUACUUUGAGGAUUCUUGAUUCAGAUUGCGGUGGACACAUUAUCUAUUUCCCACAUAGUGAUCAGUUUGUAGAAAAUGAAAUCGUCAUAGAAUGUCCCGAAACAGUGGUUAAUUGAUCGACUGUUAAUUUUGAGAGAAAACAUAAUGAAGGUUAUUAUAGGGUCUGAAUAGAAUUUAAAAGUAAUGCAAUAGGCGUGUUGAUAAAAUAAAAACGAAAAAAAAAAAAUAGCAAGGCUCGUUCCUCAAAGUUUCCACUAACUUAUUACCGACAUAUUAUUAUUUUCGAUAGUUUGUGCAAAUACACGUGUGCGUGCGUCCGUUGCUCGAUUGUAAUAUAGAAGCAUAUUUUCUGUGAUUUUUUUAGUUCUUUUAGAUUAUUUACUUUACGAAUACAAGCUCUUUAUGCUGAUGAAUCACCCCACAUACACAAAAACUUAUUGAAAAAAACAACUGAAUAAACAAUCAUAUUAUAUGUGUCUUGAA